AUGCUUCUCUCUCUCUCCCUGCCAUCCUCCUCCUAUCCUCCGGCGAAAACCUUUAAACCCCGUCAUCUAUCAUCCUCUCCUCACCCUUCACAUUAUAUCAAAUUCCGCACAACUCACCACGAAAACCUCAGAUACCUAAAAUCCAUUGGUGUUAUUGAUCCCAACACCAAAUUUCGCCAACUCCCUACCCCUGAUGCCAUAUCUCAUAUCCUUGCCACCCUAAAAUAUUUUGAGUCCAAGGGCUUCUUGGAGACUGACUUUGCUAGGCUCACUUUUCUAUGCCCAGAACUCUUAUCUGUAAACUUUGACAUCACUGACAUCGAGCCCGUGUUCCAAUUCUUGACGGAUGAUUUACAUGCUUCGGUUCAUGAAUCCAGGGGUUUGGUCAUUAGGCGUCCUCAACUUCUCUUGUCUGAUGUGGAAUAUUGCCUUAGGCCCACCCUUAAUUGCCUUAGACAAUUAGGGGUGAAGAAGUUAAAUGUUCCUAGUAGUUUGAAUGCACGUCUUUUGAACAUCCGCGUGGAGCACAUGCAAGUGAGAUUCGAGUUUUUGAGAACCAUAGGUUUCUCUCACGAGGAAGCUGCAAAUAUUUGUGGGAGAUUGCCUGCAAUAUUUGGAUAUAGCAUUGAAAACAAUUUGAGACCCAAAAUUGAGUACUUGGUGGGUGAGAUGAAGAGGAAUUUGGACGAGUUGAAGGAGUUUCCUCAAUAUCUAGCUUUCAGCUUGGAGAAGAAGAUAGUGCCAAGGCAUAUGCAUUUGAAGAAAAGGAAUGUCAAGAUCAAGUUGAACAGAAUGUUGCUGUGGAGUGAUGGAAGAUUCUACGCAAAAUGGAGGUGA